AUGGGAAGUUUUCAAGUUGCCUGGGCUGUGCUAGAGGAACCCGCGCAACUGCUGCACAAGAAUCCGUAUUACCAGGGUGGAUGCCUGCAUCGCAUGCAAGAGAAGAUCUCGGUGUAUCGAAACUUUACUGCCAAAUCACGCGUUUGCAACUCGAACGAUCCUCCGGAAGCCGCCAGCAUGGGAUUUUGUCAUGCGUCUCCGCUCUUGGACUACACGGAGAUCCGAAUUGCCAGUCAGAGUUGGGAAACCAACUACAUUUCGGCGUGGCUGCUCCAAAUCAUCUUGUCUGAGUUGUUGGAGGUUCCCACAACGCUGGAAAUGGGGAAAGAAAGCAGUGCACUGGACUUUUACAAUCCCGAUGCUGACUUUGGGUUUGGAGGGGGAGACUUUUAUUAUGGAGAAGUUACCAAAGCAGCCGAAGUGAAGGAUUGUCGAAAGCUCAAGGACGAAGCAGAAUAUCAGCCCUGUUUUCACAUGGUACCCGAGGUGUGGUGGGGAGCCCGCUUUGGAAGUACCAGUCUCCGUCUUCCGGGAGCAGAACCUCCCAUGGAGCUGGGUGCCUUGGGCUACCAGUCCUUUUGGGUGGUCAAAUUCACCGCACAAAACGAUAGCUCUUUGGUUUCCUAUUUGGGAUUGCAAGGGGAAGAGAAUCGUCGAAAACUGGCAGAGACAUUCAAACGACCAACUACCUGGAAACAGUAUUGCCAAGAAGAAACCACGGAUAACUGCGCCAAACCCGAUGACACUGCCACUGGGCCUCCAACAAACGAAGAGGAAGAGAACUUUUUUUUUGUUCCCGGCCAGUACAAUGGGUAUUUUAGGUAUACGGACAAGAACGAUUGUGACGUCAAUCCAAACUGUACAGGUUUCUUUGCAGAUUUUCCAUGCGGCUGGGCUUCCUUCGCCAAUCAACAGCUUCAUCACCUUGGCAUUGCACUCGAAUCCGACAAUCCACUUGACGAGGCUGGUGGGUUCGCUGGAAUGGGGCAAAUUUAUGCUGCAGCUAAUGCCACGAAAAGCAAUCUAUUGGUAUACUGGUUCGAUCUGGGAAUUCUACAUCAAAGUUUCAUGGGCACAGAGUUUGAACCAACAAGGGUUGUACUUCCAGAACCCACUCAGGAAUGCCUCGAUGCGCGCAUCGAUCCUACCAAACGAUGUGGGAAACGGGAUGGUACAUCUACGCCGGAGGAAUUAUACGGUGAUCCCGCAGGAACUUGCGCGGCAACGACAGUAUCCCUGAAGAAGGUCGUGGGAACAGUGCUGUAUGAUGUUGCAUUCGAUCCGGAAAUACCUGAAGCACUAUGGAGUCCAGCCUAUGAUGUCAUUCACAACUUUCAAAUUAGUGGGCCACAGUUGGGCGCGAUCUUGCAGUGGGUCUCGCGUCGCAUGGAAGCGGAUUUGUAUGGGCUCACGCUGCGUGAGGCCACCUGCGAGUGGGCCGUCGAAAAUUUGGAUCUUUUGCAAAGUUUCAUUCCAGAAUCCCAUCCAAGAGUUGUUCAAGACGAAGAUAUUACAGACCAUCCCCUCUUCAUGAUAGCCAGUAUCUUUGCUUCUGCGGCAGUCAUCCUGGUGCUCGUGUGUUUGGUGGUGACCUAUGUGAAAAAGAACACCAAAGUCCUGUACUACACUCAACCAGAAUUCAUGACGCUCUUUCUGGUUGGACUGGGAUUAGCUGCUAUUGGAGCCAUUUUCAUGGUGGUCCCUCCGAGCGACGCAAGUUGUGGAACCAUUGCUUGGACUGUCAAUCUUGGGUAUGCGGUUCACUUGUUUCCCAUGCUCGUCCGGAUCAACGCUAUCAACAAUCUGGCAACAUCUGGAAAACAAAUGCAACGAGUCCGUCUCAAACUCGGUCACCUCUACGCCGUCACGUUCGUAGGCGUCUUGGCAGUCGGUGCAUAUCUUGUUGCGUGGACUUUGGUUGAUCCGCCUCGUGAAGCUUUCCAAUACGAGGUCACCAGCAAAGAUGCAACCACUGGAGACACCAUCAUCACAGCGUACGAUUACUGUGGGACGCCCUCUUCGACGUAUUCUUUGGACUCGGCGAUCAGCAGCUCUGGUGUCUGGUAUUUUGUCAGUUACGCAUGGAGGGCUCUGGUGAUCCUCCCUGCUGGCAUGAUUGCCUUCGUGUCGCUUCGAGUGCGCGAAGACAUGAACGACACCAGGCCCAUGAGCUUUGUCCUGUUUGUCCAUGUCAUCGUUCUUGUCAUCGCUGCGACAUUAGCGACAUUCGGGGAUCACCGCUCUGACCUGAUGGGAUAUGCCAGCCUCCUGGUUAGUAUUGAUGCUAUUUUGUCCAUUGCGGUCUACAUUGUGCCGAAGUUCCUUCACAGCGGCGACGACUUUGACGGGGAGCCUCUCCCGGAUGUCUUUGUCAGCACAACAGUCGUACUGACGGACAUCGUCGGCUUCACUGCUUGGUCAUCUGUACGGGAGCCUGUGCAUGUGUUCAAGUUCUUGGAAGAAUGCUAUGAAUGCGUGGAUUCGAUAGCAGACAAGUAUAAAAUAUUCAAAGUCGAGACAGUGGGAGAGUCCUGGGUGGGUGCCAGUGGAAUUCCAGAGCCAAGAAUUGAUCAUGCUCUUUGUGCAGCGAAGUUUGCCUUGGGUUGCAUGAAGAAAAUACCUCGUUUGAUGAAGAGACAAGAAAUCAAGUUCGGCCCAGAUACAGGAGACCUGUCUCUCCGGAUUGGCAUGCAUUCCGGGACCGUAACGGGUGGGUUUAUGAAAGGAAAAGGACAGCGGUUCCAAAUCUUUGGCGAUGCGUCGAACUAUGCCAAACUCAUGCUCUCAACAGGCCUUGGUGACCAUAUUCAACUGAGCGAAGCAACUGCAAAUGAGCUUACAAAAAUAGGAAAGAAAAGGUGGAUCACCGAGCGCGACAGGAAGCUUGUCACUGAAGAGAAAGGUGAAAUCCAGACGUUUUUCCUUACCCGAGGAAGUCUCGAUGGCGAUUACUCAACGAGAGAAUGUGGCAGCAGCUUUGGAGGUUCAGAUGACGAAGACGAGUUGUUGGAUGUAAGCGCCCUGUCAGAUAGCAAACAGCGUUGGAUUCAAUGGAACGUUGAGACAUUCAAGGAGAUGCUCAAGGAUAUUGUUGCUCGAAGAGGGCUUCCAGGAGGGCUUCCAGGCUUCAGCGGGAUGGAGGCCCCCGACUUUGACUUGCGUAAAAAGGGUGAUAUGCCCUUAGACGAAGUUGUAGAGAUCAUUGAGCUGCCUGAUUUUGACAAGAAGGCAGCUAGGAGGCAGCGGGAAACAAUAGAAAUGGUGGAGCUCUCUCCUUUGGUGGUGGAUCAGCUCAAGGAAUUCAUUACAGGGAUUGCGGAGAUGUACAAUGACAAUCCAUUCCAUAAUUUUGCCCAUGCCAGUUAUGUGGUGAUGGCAGUCAUCAAAUACAUGAACAGGAUCAAAGCAGCAAACGAGAUCGACGUUGGAAACGAUGGUGAAAGAUUCAGGACCUGCACCAUGGUUACGAUUCACAAACACACCUUUGGGGUCGCCUCCGAUCCGUUGACACUCUUUGCUUGUGUAUUCAGUGCUCUCAUUCACGACGUAAACCAUCCAGGUGUUCCAAACCAACAGCUGAUGCAGGAAAACGAGGAAGCUGGGGCCCGCUACAAGAGUCGUUCAGUUGCUGAACAGAGGUCGUUGGAUCAAUCAUGGGAUUUGCUGAUGCAAAGUCGAUUUAAGUUGCUGCGGUCCACGAUCUGCGGCAAUGAAACAGAGCUCGCUCGCUUUAGGCAGCUGGUGAUUAACAGUGUCAUGGCAACCGAUUUGGGCGAUUCUGAGCUGAAAGCUCUCCGGAAUGCCCGCUGGGAAAAAGCUUUUGCCAUUACUGCAAGUUCCACCGACAGCACGACUUCCGAACGCUCUUCAGCCAAAGUUUCAGUGCGAUCCUCUGGAAUACAGGAGACAUUCGACGACGAAGUGGCAAAGGGUGCCAAUGAUAGUCAAGAAGACAUCAAUCGCAAGGCUACCAUUGUGAUCGAGCAUCUUUUGCAAGCUGCGGAUGUGGCGCACAUGUCUCAGCAUUGGGCCAUCUAUAGGAAAUGGAACGAACGACUCUUUCGAGAAUGCUAUAAGGCAUAUCGAGAGGGUCGUGCGGAGACGAACCCAGCUGACAACUGGUACAAAGGGGAAAUUGGCUUCUUUGAUUUUUACAUCAUCCCGCUUUCGAAGAAGUUGCGCGACUGUGGAGUCUUUGGACCCACUAGUGACGAGAACUUGAAUUACGCCACAAACAAUCGAAACCAAUGGGAGAGGGAAGGAGUAAGCAUCACAGAGAACAUGUUGAAGGCCGCAGAACACGAGUAUAGACUUUCCAUUGGGAUGCAAAAGCAGGAACAGUCGGUGGCACAUCACCUUGGAGAAUGA